CUCUUUCAGUUUUUUUUGAAGCUUGGAACUUUGAGCUCGCCUUUCCAACACGAGGCUUUGAAUCACAUUUUUCCGCAAUCACAAAUUCUAACGUUAGCAAUUAUAAUAAAUGGACAAGCAGGUCAUUGGAAUUCUCGGCGGCGGUCAGCUCGGCCGCAUGUUUAUUGAGGCUGCCAGCCGCAUGAACGUCGAGGUGCGCGUGCUCGACCCCACCAAGCAGUCUCCAGCCAAGCAGAUCAGCGGUUUUGUACAGCACAUCAACGAGCCCUUUACCUCAUCCGAGGCCAUAAAUGAGCUGGCCUCAGGAUGCGACGUGCUCACUGUCGAGAUUGAGCAUGUCAACUGCGACGAGCUGGCGGCUGUCGAAAAGCUAGGCCUGGCAAAAGUCUACCCCUCCUCGAGCACUGUCAGACUAAUCCAGGACAAGUACCUUCAGAAGAAGUACCUCGAGGAGCACAAUCUGGCGCUGCCAGCGUACGUUAAGUGCGACACAUUGGACGAGGCCAAGGCUGCCGGACAGAGUUUUGGCUAUCCGUUUGUUCUCAAGUGCCGUCUGGGCGCUUACGACGGGCGCGGAAACUACGUGGUCAAAUCCGAGAGCGAUGUCACGGCUGGAUUCAAGUUCCUCGGGGAGAAGAUGCUUUAUGCCGAAAAGUUUGUGUCGUUUGUCAAGGAGCUCGCUGUUAUGGUUGUGCGUCGCCCUGGUGGCGAGGUCGCCACUUACCCGGUUGUCGAAACUGUGCAGCGCGAUAACAUUUGCGAGCUCGUCUAUGCCCCGGCACAGAUUGACGGACAGGUUCGUGAAGUCGCCAUGAGGGUCGCCACGGACACUAUUUCGUGCCUCCCUGACGGCAGUGCAGGAAUAUUCGGAGUUGAGAUGUUCCUCCACGAGGACGGGCACACUGUAGUUGUCAACGAGAUCGCUCCCCGGCCGCACAACUCUGGCCAUUACACUAUUGAGGCCUGCAACACGUCGCAGUUUGAGAACCACUUGCGCGCAGUACUUGAUCUGCCUCUUGGCGACACCAGCCUCAAGGUUCCCGCUGCCGCCAUGAUUAACAUCCUGGGCGGAUCGAACGGAUUCAGCAGCGUGUUGGAUCCGUGCCUUGCUAGCCUCGAGGUCGCAGGGUCAACUGUGCACCUUUACGGCAAGGCUGAAGCCAAGCCUGCCCGCAAGAUGGGCCAUAUCACGGUGGUCGCCGACUCGGCGCUGCAGCUGCGCCGCCGCACCGACAUGAUUGUUGGCAAGCUAGCCAAUUCCUCGGAGGAGGAGCGCAAACGCCUUGCAUACCGACAGUCGAUAGCUGAUUCCACUGACGGCUCGGUCAACGACGAGGAGAAGCAGGAUGUCAAGGGCAUGUCGCCACUUGUCGGUAUUAUCAUGGGCUCCGACUCGGAUCUUCCGACAAUGCGCCCAGCGGCUCACAUUCUUGAGCAGUUUGGCGUGCCCUUUGAGCUGACAAUUGUAUCGGCGCAUCGCACACCGGAUCGCAUGUUUGAGUAUGCGCGGUCUGCGCACAAGCGCGGGCUAAAGGUGAUUAUUGCUGGAGCAGGCGGUGCAGCUCAUCUCCCCGGGAUGGUUGCCGCGCUCACGCCGCUUCCGGUCAUCGGCGUCCCCGUCAAGGGCCGCUGCCUCGAUGGCGUCGACUCUCUGCAUUCAAUUGUUCAGAUGCCCCGCGGCGUGCCAGUAGCCACUGUGGCCAUUAACAACUCUGACAACGCCGCCCUCCUGGCUGUGCGCAUCAUCGGCGCCUCGUGCCCGACUUAUCUGGAUGCCAUGCAGAAAUACAUGGACGACAUGCGCACUGGUGUCGAAAAGAAGAUCGAACGCCUGGAUAUCACAGGAUGGAAGGAUUACUAAAGCGCACAGUGCAGGCAUUUGGGAAUGCGAAAUGCAUGGGUUUAUUAAUCGCAACAAUAUAACUUGAAAACUUUGAACUAAAAAUG